AUUGUGACCGGUUUUUUUUUCAGAAAUGUGCUACGAAUUGAGUUCAGCGAACAGUGAUAUUUAGAUAACAGUUUUGUGUAUAUGAAGUGACAGUGUACAGCAUUCAUAUAGUCUAACUGCAGUGCAAACACAUUAGAAACGAUGAGUGGAUUAAAACUGAAACCCAUAGAGGACUCCAAACUAUACCAACGACGCACAACGUCCAAGGAAAAUCUUCUACACGGAUCUUCCAUGUCUCCGACCGCGGAUCAUCAAUACACUGCGAACACAAAUACUUAUGUUAACUUCCAUACCCUAGAACGCGCUUCCCAGGCGAACCAAAUGGGUCAGCUGGGAGAAAGGCUUUAUCAGAACAUACCGGAUCCGAUAAGGAAUGUACACUAUGUGAAUGGUGUUGGUAAUAUUUCGAAUAGUUCAAACGCAAGUCUUAAUCAUCCACAUUAUCGACAUUCUGAUGACAGUCGUCGCGAAUCAAGUGCACAAUCAUUUAAUGAAAUUCCCAGCAGCUCGGGAAGUAAUAUAAUUCGUGAUUUGAAAAGUUUAAAUUUCAAUACUGUUCAACAACGACAACCGCAGCAACGACCGGUGACAGGAGAGAGUGUUCGAUAUCCGACUGCAUCAAACGUAACUGCAACUCCGCCACGCAAGAUGGAAUUCAAGGACCAGGCUGGUCGAUCCAAUGUGGAAGUGAUAGGAGUUUCGCCGAAUAUGUCGCUCGGUACAAUGAUUUGUACUCGGUGCGACGAGGGCUUCGAACCGCACGAGCGAAUCGUAAACUCGAACGGCCAACUUUGGCACACUCAAUGCUUUGUCUGCGCCCAAUGCUUCCGCCAAUUCCAGGAUGGCAUUUUCUACGAAUUCGAAGGUCGCAAGUACUGCGAGAAGGAUUUCCAUAUCCUGUUUGCUCCCUGCUGUAACAAGUGCAACGACUUUGUCAUCGGUAGGGUGAUCAAGGCGAUGGCGGCCAACUGGCACCCGGAUUGCUUUACGUGCGAACGGUGCAGUAUCCCACUGGCGGAUUCGGGAUUCAUUCGCAAUCAGAACCGCGCUCUUUGUCAUGAUUGUAAUAAGUUGGAGAAAGAAGUGGGCUCAGGAAAGCACAUUUGCAACAAGUGCCAUGGUGUCAUCGAUGACACUCCGUUGCGUUUCAGAGGUGAAGUCUAUCAUGGCUAUCACUUUAAUUGCACGGCUUGUGGUGCCGAGCUGGAUUCGUCUGCACGAGAGGUCAAGAACCGAACCGGAUAUGCUGCGAACGAUAUGAACGAAUUGUACUGUCUGCGUUGCCAUGAUCGUAUGGGUAUUCCAAUUUGCGGUGCAUGCAGGCGUCCGAUUGAGGAACGUGUUGUGACUGCCCUGGGCAAGCAUUGGCAUGUUGAGCACUUCGUUUGUGCCAAAUGCGAAAAACCGUUUUUGGGACACCGUCAUUAUGAAAAACGUGGUUUGGCCUAUUGCGAGACGCACUACCAUCAGUUGUUUGGUAAUCUCUGCUUUGUCUGCAACCAAGUCAUUGGGGGUGACGUAUUCACCGCGUUAAACAAGGCUUGGUGUGUUCAUCAUUUCUCGUGUUCGAUUUGCGAUACUAAAAUGGAUCAAAAGUCAAAGUUUUAUGAGUACGAUGAGAAGCCGGUGUGCAAGAAGUGCUACGAGCGUUUUCCAAGCGAACUUAGACGUCGUUUGCGUAUGGCGCAUGAGAAUACUUUGAAAAAGAAUGUCAACUAGUAUUUUGUUUUACGAAAUUUGACUACGAAACUCGAUUUUGAACGGAAAUGAAUGUCUAUAUGCUUUACUAACUCUUAACUCAUACACUGACGGAACAUGUUUCCUAAACGUUGUAGCUAAGCACAAAUACUUAAAAAGUUAUAUCGAUGUUAAAAAGUAACUAUUGUGCCUUGAUCUUGAACGUUUUUAACGUCUCGGAAAUAAUGUUUAAAUAUAUUUCAAAGUAUUUUCUAAUUUGGUCUAACGUUUGUAUUGUUUGAUAAUCACAGAUAAUAAUGUAUCUUUAUUAACUGUCCUAAUUUCAAGUGUUUUACUGUAGUCUAAUCGUAAGUGGUAAUCUACGAGCAUUAUGUGUCAAAUUUUAGUC